CUCUCUCUCUCUCUCUGUCCCGAGCGCGUGCCUCUCAGUCUGGAUGAUGGAGGUGGAGGUGCUGCUUCUCCUGCUCUGCUUCAUGAUUCUCCACAGCUCGGCCAUUGAUACUGUGAACGUGGUGGACUUCUGUGGUCAGACGAUCCGAGGUGACGGCAUGAUCGUCAACUCGCACCAGGAGUCUAAGAAGUACUACUUUGUUACCAUGGGGACCGACUGUCACCUCACCAUGCAGGCCAGCUCGCCCAAAGACAAGGUCCAGUUCCACUUCCGCUUCUUCCUGGUCUACAGCUUGCUACGCGUCGCCCCUAUGAGCCCCGCCCCCGUCUUCCCAGAGUCCCCCCGUGGCUCCGCCCCUUUAAACCCCAGACUUGAGCCCACCUCGGGGGAGAGCUCGGGGGAUCCGUGUCACGCCGGCUCGUAUGUUCAGUUCUACGACGGACGGGACAGGAACUCGCCCCCCCUCGGGCCUCCUCUGUGCGGGAAGAGCCCGCCCCGACCCGUCCUGUCCACAGGAAACUACCUGACCCUGAGACUGGUUACCCGGGGGACUCAGCCCAGAGUGGACUUUGUUGGGGACUUUACCUCCUUCAGACUGGGUUUCAACCAAUCAGAGUGCAGCAGUGAGCCUUAUUUCACUUGCAGGAACGGGAAGUGUAUCCCUCUCGGCCUGGUGUGUGAUGAAAAAGGCAUCGACAACUGCGGGGAUGGAAGUGACCUGGAGGAGAACCUGACGACGGGCUGUAAAGCAGGUCAGCUUCUACCUCCUGAACCUCCACCAGCGGUAGCGACCCCUCACCCACCUGUCGUGACUCCGCCCACGGUGCCGAUUGCGUCACAUAUGAACUGCGGCAUGCCAGACAGCGCUCCGAGUCACGAGUCGGUAACAGACUCUCCUGCCUCGCUGGCCCUGCUGGUCCUCUACAUCCUCCUCGGCGUGGUGGCAGGCUGCGUGGUGCUCUGUUGGUGCUGCUGGUCGCCCGGCUGGUUCCUGUGGCGUAUCAGCAUCUGUCGCUUCUUACCCUGCUGCAACGUGCCCUGCUCCUCCUGCCAGCUCUGCGCUCAAAGCUGCACGCACGGCAAGGAGCACCGACUGGCAAAAGUCACACCACACACACCGGUCAACGGGACCCCGGCAGGCACGGCGGCAAACGCCAACAGUGCUGAAGAAAAUGUUACCGUGGCACCAGUUUAGAGGAGGAAGUUCUGACAGGUCGGUCUGUUUCUGCACACAGAGACUUGGGGUUUAUCAAACUGAUGCUAAGCUGGGAUCAGAGGAACAGCUGACUAAACGAAGAAUCUUCAAUUCCUUUGGUGUGGGUGUUUUCUUUGCUUUAAAUAUGACGCAGGAGAAAGACUGCUCUUUUCUUAUUUGUUGAAGGAGAAGGAGGGUAUAAUGUGACUAUGGAUUGUCACAUUGGAAGUUCAGCUCAUGAUGUCUGAUGGCGGCACAUUUAAGCCGUUUUCACACAUGCACUGCUCACCAACUACUCCCAUUGGCCCGAGGUUAAUUCUCCUGAUAAUAUCCUGCUGCUUUCUCCCAUCAGCUCACUCGGACUUGCUGUGGAAAAAACACUAGGGGGUCUGGCAGGAGAAACACCGGGGGAAGUCAGAACGAAAGAUUUGGCUGUUUACGUUCACACAUACAGCUCCUCCGGCAAAUAUCAGGAGUUUUCUGCAACAGUGAAAGUCCUUUCAGUUAUAGAUUAAAGAGACCGCUCAUGGUGAGGGCGGCCUGGGUCUGAAUCCAACCUGUAGCUCCUGUCAUAACCCUCUCUCUCUCUCUCUCUCUCUCUCUCUCUCCAUGAUUUCUGCCUCUAUCCACUGUCCUGUCUCUGAAUAAAGGCAUAAAAAGCCCAACAAUACAUCUAUAAAGAGA